ACCACAAAGAGCAUAUUUAUCUCACCCCGGAUCGACCAGUCACGCCAUUUAUGCUUGGGGAGUUCGAUCUUACUGUGGGGGUAAGAGCUUCCAACUUCAAAUAUCUGCUGCAGAGUAAGCACAGGGAAUCAAGAUUCAUUCCAUGGAGAAGGCUCUCAGUAUUGUCAGCAUAGGAAGCAAGAAAGCUUCUAGCUUUUGGCUCACCAAGAAAGCUAAAGAAGAGUUAAACAACAUCACUAAAGACCUCAAUACUGUAACAAAUGCGGUUGAAGAAAAGGCAAAGAUGUUAUUCGAAAAGCUCAAAGGAAUGCCUCAAGAUAGCCUAUCUGAUCUUCUGAAGAGACACAAUCUACCGCUAGGCCUUUUCCCGGAGAAGAUAAUCAGUUUUGAAUAUGACAAGUUAAGCUCCAAGCUGAUUGUCCACUUACUGUCUCCAUGUGAGGUCACCUUCGGAGACCGUUCUGUGGUAAGGUACUCAACUCGUGUAAAGGCCAUUCUGCGGAAUAACAAACUCACGUAUGUAGAAGGGAUGAGAAUCAAAGUGUUGCUAUGGGUGAAUGUCACUGGCGUAUAUGUUGAAGGACUGAAGUCGGACAAGGUUAGUUUCAUCACUGCUGGAGUGACGAAAUCGAGGCCUAUGGCUGCGUACAACUACCAUGGCAAGGCUGCUAUAGUAGCUGAAUUUUGAACAACUGGUUCUACUAUUCAUUCUCAACGCCUUGUGCAAUGUAUUGUAUCUUUAGAUGCUUUAUUGUCAUUCUUAUUACUCCGUAUUAAAGAAUGACCAAAAUAUAGUAUCCCAUUUUUCAAUGCACAAAGACAAGAACAUAAUUAAUAUUUUCAAAAAAUGACCAUAAUAUGACUAAUUAAUCGUAAAUUCCAAUUCUAUCC